CUCAAAACGCUUGCAAUCGUCUUCCCGUCGUCAAAAACUUCGUCGUAUAUCAUCAGGUCCAUAUCCUCGCCAUGCAGCUCUUACUCUCUACCGCUGUCCUUCUCGCCAGUACAAGCCUCGCCUCCGCCGCCUACGUCGAACAAUACGCCGAAGCGAAUUGCACCGGCCACGUCAACCAAGCUUUCGACCUCAUCUCCAACCACACUGAAUGCAGGCAUCAGACGGGCGCGUCUCUGUUCAUGAGCACAGGCAGCAGUUUCCCUUGCACUUUUCUGCUGUUCAACGGUACUGGGUGUGAAGGCUUUAUAUCGGCGGAGAACGGGAACAGCGAGAAUGCGGAUCAUUGUCUCAACUUCCAAAAGACUAGGGGAGGAUCGGUUUUCAUUGACUGUGGGGUUUCCUCAUGAAGGGGGGAAAUGGAGUGGGAUGGAGAAAUAGUGGAUGUAAGUCGUCUUUCAGUAAUACAUCGUACUGCUUGGUUACUAACGUAGACUGUCAGGCGACUGACUUGAAGACUCAGCUUUGACCCUGCAGUGAGGGCGGUUUUUCAUGGACUUUCUUUGGACAUUAUACGAUCUAUAUAAUGCUUUGAGUUGUAACACGCGCAACCAUCAUCAUACCCUUUGGCCCUAUACGAAAGUGUUUAGUUAACAGUGUGCGUGCUCAUGAUAUAUAGCA